AUGGCACCACGCGUCGAUUUACCUCUGCUGAAAAAAGUGGAAUUAAUAAGAGAUUAUGAUCGUCAAUUUUCUCAACGAGACUUGGCAACAAAAUACAAAAUAUCAACUGGUGCUGUAUGUAACAUUUUAAAACGUAAACAAGAAUAUUUGAACGAUUUUGAAUCAAAUCAAUGUCAUGAUGUAAGAAGAAAAAUUAAAAAUAAUCUUAGAAGAAAAAUUGAUGAAGAAACUUAUUCAUGGUUUGUUGCUCAAAGAGCAAAAAAUAUAACUUUAUCUGGUCCAACCAUUCAAGAAAAAGCAAGACAAAUUGCUGAAGAAUUUGGUGGUAAUGUUAUCUUCAAGGCUUCCAACGGCUGGUUUGAAAAAUUCAAGGCCAGACAUAAUAUUUCUUAUCGUGCAAUUUGUGGAGAAUCAACAAGUGUUAAUCCUGUUACAACCAACGAAUGGAAAAAUCGUCUACCAUUAAUUAUCGAUGGAUAUGAUUGUUCAAAUAUUUUUAAUGCCGAUGAAACAAGUCUCUUCUUUAAAGCAUUACCAGAAAAAUCAUUCGUGUUAAAUAAAGAAGACUGCAAAGGUGGAAAACGAUCCAAAGAAAGAUUUACAAUUUUAUUAUGCACUAACUGGAGUGGUGAUGAAAAACUCAAACCAUUGGUCAUUGGCAAAAGUUUAAAGCCACGCUGUUUCAAGCAUAUAAAUAUUCAAAAACUUCCUGUGCAAUGGACUGCUAAUAGAACAGCGUGGAUGAACGCAAAAUUAUUUGGAAAUUGGUUAAAUAAUUUAAACUUAAACGUGAAAAAACAAAAUCGACGUAUUUUAUUAUUUAUCGAUAAUGCUCCAUGUCAUCCAACUGAUAUUCAAUUAUCUAAUGUUAAGUUACAAUUUUUUCCUGCUAAUACAACAUCAGUCAUUCAACCACUUGAUCAAGGAGUGAUACAUUCAUUUAAAGCAAAUUAUAGAAAAUCGUUGGUGAAACAUAUUAUUGCUAGUUGCUCAACAGCACAAACAACCGGUGAUAUUACAAUUACUGCACUUGAUGCAGUAUGCUGGAUCGAUUCAGCGUGGAAAUCUGUUACUAAAUCAACAAUUCAAAAUACAUUUACAGCUGCUGGCUUUAAACAACAACAAAUCGAUCCUUUACCAUGCAUAAUUCCUCCUGAUACUACUAAUGGUGUAUCAUCAACAUCAAAUGAUUUAUUGUUAAUGGAUUUUGGUAUUAAUGAAGAAACAAAGAUUUUAGAUAAUUUAUUGAAACAUGUUGUAAUUAGUGGAUCAACAUUGAAUGCUAAUGAAUUUAUAAAUAUUGAUUCUCAUGCUCCAACAUUUAAUGAAUGGAAUGACGAUUCGGAACGACUUGUUACUUUUGAUAAUAUUACUCAAUCAAAUGAAUUAGAUGAUGAUGAAGAAAAAAUCAAUGAAGAAACACCACCAAAGCUUUGUGAAACAAUCGAAAUGGUACGACGAUUACGUUUAUUUUCUAUUACGCAAUCUCCACAACUUCAUCAAGCUAUUAUUGGUAUUGAAUCAAUGUUAACAGACAUUUAUCUUGAUUCAAAAACUUCUAUGCAAAGCACACUUGAUAGUUAUUUUAAAAAAACUUAG